UCGACGGUAAGGAGGGUCUCCUUCCUCGUCGAUCGGGAUAGUCGAUUCCGCUCCGGGCUCGAAGGUCCGCCUCCGAAUCCUCGGCCCAACAGUUCGCCAAACUAGAGGCUUGACUGUCAACCGAACGGAGCCACGUUCGAUGUCGCUAGCGGAGGAGUUGCAGCAGUUGUGCCGGUAUCAUCAAUAACAUUCCUCUCUGUGCCUUCUUUCUGCGCGAGAAACUCUGCUCCUGAUCUUUGUCCUGUGUUACUGCUCGACCUCCGAUCAUGCCGAACUCCGGUACGGGAAUCGUGAAACGGAUCCUCGUGACGGGUGGUUCCGGACUCGUAGGACAGGGUGUCCGGAGAGUACUCGAAGACCCGGCAAACACUCGACCCGACGAAGUAUGGAUUUUCCUCUCGUCGAAAGACGCAGAUUUGCGCGACGCAAAAGCUGUAGAAGCUAUUUUCGAGAAGCAUAAGCCGACACACGUUCUUCACUUGGCUGCGUUCGUGGGAGGGCUCUUUCGGAACAUGCAACGCAAUCUCGAUUUUCUACGCUUCAACUUGGCGAUGAACGACAACGUUCUCAACUCAGCAUUCCAGCACAAUGUGACGAAAGUUGUAUCUUGUCUAUCCACCUGCAUCUUCCCCGACAAGACCGAGUACCCCAUAGAUGAGAGCAUGGUGCACAAUGGUCCCCCUCAUCAAAGCAAUUACGGUUACUCUUACGCGAAACGUCUAAUCGACAUUCAGAAUCGAGCCUACAACGAACAGCAUGGCCGUUUCUUCACGUCGGUCAUCCCGACGAAUGUUUUCGGUCCUCACGACAAUUUCAAUAUCGAAGACGGACACGUUUUGCCUGGCCUGAUUCAUAAAUCUUAUUUGGCGAAGGAAGCCGGAACGCCGCUCACAGUCUGGGGCACCGGAAAACCCCUCCGCCAGUUCAUCUACAGUCUGGAUUUGGGCAAAUUACUGCUAUGGGCCGUCCGGGAUUAUCCGGAGGUAGAGCCGAUCAUUCUAUCUGUUGAUGAAUCACAGGAGGUCAGUAUCGCUCAUGUCGCUGAGAUGAUUUGCAAAGCUAUGAACUUGCGCAACGGUAUCGAAACGGAUCCGACGAAGUCCGACGGACAGUUCAAGAAAACUGCCAACAACGCCAAGUUACGGAAGUACCUGCCAUCGUUCGAGUUCACUCCGAUGGAACAGGCCGUGAAGGAAACUGUGGACUGGUUUGUUGCAAACUUUGCUGUCGCACGGAAAUAGAAACUUAAUUCACCGCAGCCGUCUUAUCAUCAAGC